UGAUAUAUGUCUUGCGUGAACAAGCAGGAACUCAUCGUCUGAAGCCGGCUGAAAGCGGUUUAUUGCGAAUUUUUCAUUUAUUCGAGAUCUUAAAACAACGAGAGGUGUCUUGUUUGUGGUCUUAAUUUUUGGAUUAAUUUUAUUUAUACGACGUUUGUUCUUAAGUAAGAGCGAGAAAAUUUACUGUCUUAACCCGCGCGCGCGGAAAGCCUCUCCGGGAAGUUGACUGGGCGGGCUACUCUGUCAAAAUAUCUAAAUCGACAUUUAUCGACAAAUUUCUUUGAGUGGAAUGAGCUACCAUUCACCCAUCGUGUCUGUUGCACAAUGGAUGUCCGCUGUGUCUGCCUAAUUGUCCAAGCCAAAACAAGCCGUAACAGAUCUAGCCUAUUUAGGGGAUAGCAAUAGGCCCUCACUCCACCCUCUCCCUUUACGUUACACAUCAGUUUAGAGCAGAGCAGUGCAGAUUCUCUCUCUAGUGUCUGGAUUGCUUUGAUUUUGCUGGUUUCGCAAAGGGCGAAGGUAGGUCUGAGGCAGAAAACGGAUUUAGAAACAAUAGUACCUCAAUUAGCUGGGGAUAAAAUAUCCAGUGUGCUGCUGCUUGAAUUAUUUAUACAUUUUUGUUUCUCUUCCCUGUAAGAUUGUGAAGUAAUUUUUUUGCUUGAAACUUGAAAAACCAUCUGCGCACAAUGGUGUCAACAACUUUGGCCACGAUAACGAUUAUGAGCACCCUUGUCGGGUAUACUACAGGGAAUCUGACAGACUAUAUGUGGCUCCUGAUCGUAGGCUUCAUCAUAGCAUUUGUCUUAGCCUUUUCAGUGGGCGCUAAUGAUGUUGCCAACUCAUUUGGCACAGCAGUAGGCUCAGGUGUAGUUACCCUUAGGCAGGCCUGUAUUCUUGCUUCUAUCUUUGAGACUCUGGGCUCCGUGCUGCUUGGAGCCAAGGUCAGCGAAACCAUCCGUAAAGGCAUUAUCGACGUGACCAUGUACAACGGCACUAAACAUGUGUUAAUGGCUGGCUCAGUCAGCGCUAUGUUUGGCUCUGCUGUAUGGCAGUUGGCUGCUUCUUUUCUGAAGCUUCCUAUUUCUGGGACCCACUGCAUCGUCGGAGCUACCAUAGGCUUCUCGCUGGUUGCUAAAGGUCAGCAGGGCGUCAAAUGGCUGGAGCUUCUCAGAAUUGUUGCUUCAUGGUUCCUCUCGCCUUUGCUGUCCGGCGUCAUGUCUGCCGUCCUUUUCUACUUUGUUCGCAUGUUCAUCUUGCAAAAGAAAGAUCCAGUGCCCAAUGGUCUGAGGGCUCUGCCAUUUUUCUACGCUGUUACAAUGGGAAUCAACCUGUUCUCCAUCAUGUUUACCGGAGCACCGAUGCUGGGCUUUGAUAAGCUGCCCUGGUGGGGAGUGCUACUCAUUUCCAUUGGCUUUGGCAUCAUCACCGCCAUCUUCGUUUGGUUUGCUGUUUGCCCACGGCUCAAGAAGAAGAUCGAAUGUGAAAUCAAGUCUUCCAGUCCCUCUGAGAGUCCUUUAAUGGAGAAGAGGGAGCUGCAUGAAGCUCACAGUCCUAUUCUGAAACCAGUCCCUGAGGAAUCCAGUGUCCUGUCCUCCAGCACCCCCUCAGCUCCUCCUCUUCCUCCUCCUGAGGAGCGCAGGGUCACCUUUGACAUUGGCGAUUCAGAUGACGCAGAUCAAAAGGACUGCAAGGAGUCAGACAUGGGCAGUGCUCCAAAGACGGCUCAUGUUCAUUUCACCACGGGACCUGCUCACAUUCCCAGCAACGGAUACUCGCAAUACCACACGGUUCACAAGGACUCCGGCCUCUACAAGGACCUGCUGCACAAACUCCAUCUGGCGAAAGUGGGAGACUGCAUGGGGGAAGGUGGCGACCGGCCCAUCCGCCGCAACAACAGCUACACCUCCUACACCAUGGCCAUAAUCGGCAUGCACGGAGACUUCAAGCCCAAAGAGUCUGACUUCCGCGCUUCAGAAGAUGGAGAAAAGGAAAAGGCCGGCGCCCAGGAGAGGAAGCGCAUCCGCAUGGACAGCUACACCAGUUACUGUAACGCAGUGGCAGAGAACGGUACCCCUGAAGGCCUCGGUGAGGGGGAGGUCACUUUGGAGAUGGUUGAUGAGGAUGCCGGGAGCAGCCGUAGUUCAUUAGAGGAGGACAGAACCGAUGCUGAUAAACCUGAGGUGUCCAUGCUCUUCCAGUUCCUGCAAAUUCUCACCGCCUGUUUCGGCUCGUUUGCUCAUGGAGGAAAUGAUGUCAGUAAUGCAAUAGGUCCCCUGGUUGCUCUGUGGCUGGUCUAUGAGAGUGGGUCUGUUAUAUCGAGUGCACCGACUCCAAUCUGGCUGCUGCUGUAUGGAGGAGUGGGCAUCUGUGUGGGCCUGUGGGUCUGGGGCCGUAGAGUCAUCCAGACCAUGGGCAGAGACCUGACCCCCAUCACCCCGUCGAGCGGUUUCAGCAUCGAGCUCGCCUCCGCCGUCACUGUUGUGGUGGCUUCCAACAUCGGUCUUCCAGUUUCCACUACUCACUGCAAGGUCGGGUCUGUGGUGGCUGUAGGGUGGCUGCGCUCCAGGAAAGCCGUGGACUGGCGACUGUUCAGAAACAUCUUCAUGGCCUGGUUUGUCACCGUGCCCAUUUCUGGGCUUAUCAGCGCCGCUAUCAUGGCCCUUUUCACCUACGUCAUUCUGUGAGGCCUCGAAGGUUCGCUCUGCCUCCCUCUCCGCUCGCAAAGAGCCUCCACCUGCAACCAGGAUCCCAAGAGAGUUGGAGGGCAUGUCUCCAUCUUCCCCUCCUGUCUCUCUUCAUCUUCCCCCUCCUGUCAUCCUCGUGAUGAGCGAGGGAUGAAAAGGCCCCUUUGGAAAGAGCCUGCGAUUCUUGGCUGCGUAAUUCUUUUUAGCCUGUAUUGAUGAUUUGUGUUUUGCACCAGAUCACUUGCCAUAGGCCAGGGAAGAAAAUGUCUUCAUAUCUAGAAUGGUUGCCAUUUAAAAUCCCUCUUGUACAUAUGUCAAAUCAUUGCGUUUUUGUUUUUUAUGUAAUUAUGUACAGAACUAAAAGGGUUUUUUAAGGUUAAAACAAUUACAAUGCAGUAUUAGCCUUCAUUUGACAUUCAUUAUAUGAGUUUCUUAGAGAAGUGGAAUUUGGGGAUGAGGAUUUGACUUGUUUUCCUUCUGUACAUUCAGUAUGCAUGAGUUUUACACUUCUUUUCUUAAGCAGACUUGCAAACGGAGCCUUAUGACACCCCAAAUUUUAGGAGGCUUGUGAGGGUUGAUUUGCAAAGGAAAUUGGUUCACAUUAUGUUCCUUAAUACAGUUUCAGUGUCUUUUAAUUUUAGUUCUUUUAUAGUUUACACUACAAAACUAAAGUCUACACGCAUUUAGAGUUCAGACGUUCUGUCUCCAUUCAUUCUUCAGUGGUUUACAUAAUAUCUAACUUUGGUGUUUUGCACCGCUGUUAAUAUUAGCUCUGCUAGCUUCAGCAAGCAUUUAAUACCAACUAUAGCGGACCAGCCUGCACUUUAGGAGAUACAGUUAAACAUCUCAGCAAGAUUCCUGCAAGCACAGAAUGUGCUGAACGCUCUGCUGUAGUUAAUAUGCUCUUGGCGACUCUCUUACAUGCAGCACGUCCCCAAAUGUUUGCUGUAGACAAUUGAACUCCAUACGAUGGAUUAUGGCCCUUUGUUCUCCGUGACCACGGGUUACUGUUGUUGCAUACGGAUGAAGUGUUACUAGGACACCCAAACUCUAGUUUGACCAGUUCUACUACUGCGGCCAAAAGAUCCUCCUUUUAGGGGUAAAAAAGGUCCUAUAACCAUCAAUAGAAGUAACAUUACCCCUGUUUUUCCUAUUCGUCGUUUGAAACCUGAUAAGUUUAAAAACAUCCCAUGAGCCUCUUCUCUUUCAGAGUAUUACAGUAAAGCUUUGCGGUGACGCUUGACUUCAGAAACAGUGAAUUAAACUUUCAUGAAGGUUGUGAAGUUUACUUGUGCUGGAUUGGAGAUCUUUAGCAAUCCUGUAAAACUUGACGUAUGGUGAAGCUCAUCUGCUCCAGCCUUCUCAUAGACCUUCUGUAGUACUUCUGAGGAAUGUAAACCAAUGCAAACACAGUAUAUGUAUAUAUUUUACAGCAACUUGAAUGACUUACCCUAUUUAUUAGGUAGGGGUGAGAUGGUGGUGUUAAAUGCUGGUUUGGAUUGACUGUAUAGCAGUAGCUCCAUCAGCAGGUUUCUACAACCAUGUCUGAGAGGAGAUGAUCUGGUUAUGAUUUUAACACAUUUAGACCUUACAUAGUUGCUGUAGUUGCCUUAAUAUUUUUUUUAUUCUCAUUUUUUUUGGUUACCAAAGAAAAAUAAAAGUGGAUAGUUUUAUUGUCCACUGGGCUUUGGGGAUAAAAAAAUAAAAUGUCUUUUUGAGUAUCA